AUGUUUAUUCCUAGUCUGAGUCAAUAUUCCCCUGAAUUUUCCAAAAAUACCAACGUCCAAUAUUUUGAUUUGGCUAACUAUAAAGGUUCUGCAGAUGGUUGGCAAAGAGAAGAAAGAGUGUUAUUCUGUGUUCCAUUAAGAGAUGCAGAAGCUCAUUUACCAAUGUUUUUCGGUCAUAUGAAAAACUUAACUUAUCCUCAUAAUCUUAUUGAUUUGGCCUUCCUUGUAUCCGAUUCUUCUGAUGACACAAUGGGAGCACUUGUUAAACAUUUGCAAUUAUUGCAAAAUGAUCCUGAUCCAUCCAUGCACUUUGGUGAAAUAGAAAUCUUUGAAAAGGAUUUCGGUCAAGUCAUUGGUCAGGGGUUCUCUGACCGUCAUGGGUUUGCCGCACAAGGACCUCGUCGUAAAUUAAUGGCUAGAGCUCGUAAUUGGCUUUGGACAGUUGCAGUCAAACCAUAUCAUAGUUUUAUUUAUUGGAGAGAUGCUGAUGUUGAGACCGUCCCUCAAACCAUUUUAGAAGAUUUAAUGCAUCAUGAUAAGGAUGUCAUUGUUCCCAAUGUUUGGAGACCACUUCCAGAUUGGUUGGGUAAUCAACAACCUUAUGAUUUAAAUUCGUGGCAAGAAUCAGAUGGGGGGUUACAAUUGGCAGAAACAUUGGAUGAGGAUGCAUGUAUUGUUGAAGGAUAUGUUGAAUAUCAAACAUGGCGUCCACAUUUGGCUUAUUUACGUGAUCCUUAUGGAGAUCCAGAAGUUGAAAUGGAAUUGGAUGGUAUUGGAGGUGUUUCAAUUCUUACCAAAGCUCAAGUUUUCAGAUCUGGUUCACAUUUCCCAGCAUUUUCAUUUGAAAAGCAUGCAGAAACAGAAGCAUUUGGUAAAUUAUCCAGGAGAAUGGGUUAUUCUGUGGUUGGGCUUCCUCAUUAUGUCAUUUGGCAUAUUUAUGAACCUUCAAGUGAUGAUUUGAAACAUAUGGAAUGGAUGGCAUUAGAAGAAGUAAGACAAAAGGAAGAAGCAAAGAUUAAAAAGGUUUAUGAUAAAGUAUGGGAUGUUGCUUUUGAUGAUGUUCAAAAGGACUGGUUGAAACAGAAGUUAUCGUAUUUGAAAAAUACUGAUUUAUCUAAUAUGCGGGACAUUGAUGUGGAUUGGUCUGGAAUGGACGACUGGAAGAUCAAAGAAAAGACUGGCACAAAGAAGCAAUUGGCUGAUUUCGUGCCGUGA